AUGACAUUUUUCUCGGCAAUCGUUCGACCUCUCCUCAUCAGCGUCGCCGCAAGCGUUGGCUUCUACUUCGCCUUUCUCACCCUUCUCACUGUCCCUUCGCUCCAAGACCAUGCGAUAUACCUGCAUCGCGUAACAUUGACCUGGUUCCAAGAUGUCAAUGUGCCCGAGCAUUGGGGCUUCCUCCGAAACCAAGUCACCCCGUUUCAUCUCCUUACGCCAGACGGCGAAACCCUUCACGCGUGGCACGUCCUGCCGCUCGAGACAUAUCGACAGAAUGAGAAGGCGCUGAGAGAAGAGCCCGCAGGGCUGUGUCACAAUAUCAAAGAGAGACUAGGCUUCAAGCUACUGAGGGAUGAUCCAACCGCCAGGCUGGUGAUAUAUCUACAUGGAGCAGCAGGAACAUUGGGAUCAGGCUGGCGACCGCAGAGCUACCGCGCUCUAUCUGCCGCGGCACCCAACGUCCAUAUUCUCGCCAUUGACUACCGCGGCUUCGGCACGAGCACUGGGUGGCCGUCGGAAGCUGGCCUUCUGACCGAUGCACUCACUUUGGCGGAGUUUGCAUUGAAGACUGCUGGGAUUCCCCCCGAGCGCAUCGUCCUCUUCGGACAGUCGCUAGGCACGGCAGUCGGCAUAUCUCUCACGCACCACCUAGCUCUACAAUCGCCAACCACCCUCUUUGCAGGAACUGUGCUCAUAGCGCCAUUUGCCAAUGUCGAACUUUUAACCCAAACGUACAGCAUUGCUGGCACCAUCCCUCUUCUUGCACCCGUGGCACGUUGGCCCAAGGCUCUAAAUUGGCUCAACAGCUUCAUCAUAACCAAAUGGCCAUCAAAGGACAAAUUGGCCGAACUCAUUCGUCGAUUGGAGGCUCUAAAGCUUCCCGAGAGGAAAAGAAGAUACGACAUCACAAUCAUCCACGCACAAGACGACUACGACAUCCCGUGGACACAUUCGGAAAUUGUGUUUUGGCAUGCCGUGAAUGCAACAAGAGGCCCCGAAGCGAUCCUAAGUUUUGAGGAAUUAGAAGUUGAGAAAGCCAGGCGGAAAUCAGAUCUUGGAGAUGGUGGGUGGGAGGUAGACUGGAGAGGCGAGGCCGGAGUGCUGCGAGAGCAGAUCGUGAAGCAUGGGCUUCAUGAUCGAAUCAUGAGUUAUCCGGUUGUGAGUCUCGCCGUUGCACGAGCAUUUCACAGCCAGGAUCCGGAAUAG